AUGGGUUUCUCUGCUGGGGGGCAUCUAGUGGCGUCCACCGUGGCAAAGCAUGGCGUUCAAGUGCUGGAUGCGCAAGCGUUGAUCUAUCCAUGCAUCGAUGGAUCAGACUGGGCCUCCGAAGAGACCUGUGGCUUUUGGGGUUGCUCGACUUCGACGGGGGGAAGCACGGCCUUGGGCUGCGGUGAUGACUUCGAAGAAUGCUUUCGAAAGGGGAAGAGUCUUCAAUCCACCCGUCGGGCCCUACUUGGGGGACCAGGCUUUGCGGCUCCGCCGAGCUUUUUGGUGAGCUCUACCAAGGACGAGGCAUCUCCCCCCAAAGAACACACGGACCUCUACGCGCGGGCGCUGCAGAAGAAGCGGGUGAAGCAUUGUACAUAUCUCCGGCGGAACUUCGGACCGCACGGCUUUGGCAUGUCAGGCGGUUGGACAGAGAAAUGCGUUGCUUGGUUACACGCACGAGGCUUUGGACGAACUGACAGCUGA